AUGUCCACCUGGUUACAACAAUGUCUCUCGAACCACAAGAAAUGCCAGGAUCGAGGCAAGGUUAACCAAAAACUACCAACCAGGGUUAUAGAUGUACAACUCGAAGGCGGGGAUCCUUUUUUGGUAGAAACCAAUCAAAGACCUGGCAGUUGGGUUGCUUUGAGUUAUUGCUGGGGGUUUUCACCUACAGCGGUAACAACGAGCCAAAACCUUCAACAGCAUUACAAUCGAAUACCUAUGUCUAAUUUUCCUCAAACCAUGAAAGAUGCCAUUGUCAUCACUCGUCGAAUGGGCUACAGAUAUCUUUGGAUUGAUUCUUUGUGUAUUAUACAAGAUUCGCCGAAAGAUUGGGCCGUGGAAUCCCUCAAAAUGGCCGAUGUUUAUGGAGGCGCCUCUUUGACAAUUGCGGCAGAAGCAUCCGUAGAUACUGCCUCUGGAAUAUUUGACAGUAGCAACGCUUUUCACAAACGGCACAGCGAAAAAUACAAUUUCUCGAUCGAAGGCUAUCAUCCCAGCACUUCUAGAGAGUAUGGGAGAGUUUAUCUAAGGGAUAUUGUAGAUUCGAAUCCAUUCGAACGUGCUGGUUGUCUCAGAAGACGUGCUUGGGCUUUACAAGAAGAUCUAAUGUCUCGACGCUUGAUUAGUUUCGGAGAAGAGCAAUUGUACUGGAGAUGUGUCACGCAACAAUCCGAAGAGGCAUCCCCCACUCAAGCAUUGAAUCCCCAAUAUUGGUAUUUCACAGGCAACAAUUAA